AUGUCCGCUAACCCUGGUAAUAAACUACAGGCAUUAUCACCAACACCACCAGAAAGAGGCUCUUUCCCCUUGGAUCAUUUUGGUGAAUGUACCAAAGAAAUGCAAGAUUAUUUAAAGUGCAUAAAGAUUACAAAAGGUGAGAAUGCACACAAUUGUAGGUUGUUAGCCAAAAACUAUCUAAAAUGUAGGAUGAAUAAUGACUUGAUGGAUACAGAUGAUUGGAAACAUCUAGGACUUCCUAGUGAUGAAAACUCUCCCAAUGCUCCCAAUAACGAGAAAGUGGGUAAAAGAUUCGGUAACUAA